UAAAAAUUGGGAUCGUGGGUGGGACGGGUAAACAUAGUGAUACAGAUUACCUCUGCAGCAUCAUCCCAUGUGAUUUGGAUUCAUCAUCGGCAGAGGUGGUAGUUUUAACCACCUCACCACCUCCGCGUUUUACCCCUCUUCUCCCCAACUGCACUACAGCGACCCGAACCCCAGUCCUCAAGCAUCACAUUAUUACCAAGAGUCACAGCAACCACCAUCACCACCAGCAAAGGAAAAAAAGGAAAAAAAGGAAAAAAAAAUGCCAACCAUCGCCCUCCUCGGCACCUGCGACACCAAACUUUCCGAACUCCUCUACCUCCGCUCUCAAAUCCUCCUCCACCCCUCCACCACCGUCCUCCUCAUCGACGUCGGCCGCCACCCGGUCUCUCACCCUUCCAUCACCUUUGGGCCCCCCGACCUGCUUUCCCACUAUGCCAAAGAAGCAGAAAUGGACAUGCAAUCCCUCCAAUCCCUUCCCCGAAACCAGCUGGUAGAACUCAUGUCCCGGUUGUGCACAAGCCAUAUCCAAUCCCUCUUUUCUCGUCAAACAAUCCAUGGCAUUGUGUCGUUAGGCGGAUCCAACGCCACCGCCCUCGCGGCCCCCGUCAUGAGAAAUGCGCUGCCGAUUGGGUUUCCCAAGUUGAUGGUGUCGACAGUCGCGAGCGGGGAUACGGGCCCUUAUGUGGGCGAGACGGACAUCACCAUGAUGUAUAGUGUUGUAGACGUGGCGGGGCUGAAUGAGGUUUUGCGGGGGGUGUUGGGGAAUGCAGCGGGGGCGGUGGUGGGCAUGGCGAAUGCGUACUAUGAAAGGAGGAGGAUACGGGAAGGGGCGGAAAGCGGGAGGGAAAUAGGGGAGGGAAGGGAGAAGGAGGAGAAGGAAAAGAAAGAAAAGAAAAAGGCGAGAGUAGGAAUCACCAUGUUCGGCGUUACUACCCCCUCCGUCGACGCCAUCCGUCAGUAUCUCGAAUCCAAAUACCCCGGCGUCAUCGAAACGAUGGUGUUCCAUGCCACAGGCCACGGUGGGAAGGCAAUGGAACGAUUGGUGCGGGCCGGAGAGCUGGACGCGGUGAUUGACCUGACCACAACCGAGUUGGCGGACGAGCUGGUGGGAGGGGUAAUGAGUGCCGGGCCAGACCGGAUGCGGGCGGCGGUUGGGAAGGGGAUUCCGUACAUUGUUUCGUUGGGGGCGCUGGAUAUGGUCAACUUCGGGCCGCCGGGGACGGUGCCGGAGAGGUUUCGUAGCAAGGAUGCUAAUGAAAGAAAGCUCUAUGAGCAUAACCCUACGGUUACGCUUCUGAGGACGUCGGUGGAGGAGUGCAGGGAGAUUGGGAGGCGAAUGUGUGAGAGGCUGUUAGACGGCGGAGAUGCGAGCAAGAUCCAGGUGUGGAUUCCGAAGGGCGGGUUGAGCAUGUUGUCUGUAGCGGGAGCGCCGUUUGAGGACAGAGAUGCGGACGAGGCGCUUUUUCAGACUGUUCGCGAGGGUCUCAAGGGCAGUGGCAUUCUAGUCAAGGAUGACGAGAGGCAUGUCAAUGAUAAGGGCUUUGCUCAUGACGUCGCAGAGGCAAUGGCAAAGCUCCUGGGGCUAUCCAAUGGCCAACAAAUUUAAAGACCUACCUAGGUAAGGGUCCGGGAGGUACAAACAAUUUCUUUGGUUGGUUAACAGGAACAGUAUUACAAGACCACUAAGCUCUCCCUCUAUGCCAAAUCCAUCCAAACUCUAGCCCUACUGGACACACUUAUCGCACACAAACAGGCCUGUCCUGACAGAAUCUCACACUCGGUCACAUCCCUUCCGUCUAAUUACCGCCAUCUACGGCCGCAAAGUAGGCGAACUCGCCCUCUGGUCCUGAACUUGGCUCUGACCCUGAUCCUUUCCCUGGUCCUGAUCCUUAUUCAUCAAAUGCGGCGGCGGCGGCGGCGACAACGAAGUCACUACCUGCGACGGGACCCUGACCUGGCCAUCACCGCCCUCAUACAAGUUAAACAAGGACUCAUUCCCCUCCGUCGACACCGUCAUCCUCGACCGGUCCAUAUCCGUCCCCGCACUACUAUCCGACCACACGCUCUGGAACUUCAUGGCCUUCAUAUUCGCCGCCGCAGUCGGCAGCUUCUUGGGCAUCGGACUCAGUGGCUUCGGGAUCUCGUUGAAAUACGUAGCGGGGAUUUCCGGCAGCGGGGGAGCAUCCGGGUCGUAAGAGGUAGGAGAAGGAUAAUCAGAAACCAAAGAGUCACGUGCUUCCCUUCCUCCUCCCCCUCCUCCUCCUCCUUGUUGGGAGCUGCCGUAGGCUGAUGAGGCGCGCCGGCUGCUAAAGGCCGAGAAGGUGCUGCCUCUGAUGGAAAGCGGGUUCAACUUUAGGGGGUGGUGUUUGCGCAGCCAGCUGGCGACGGACUUGCGGAGUUCGGGCUGGUGGGUAGGCGCGGGCUGGAUGAUGGUGACGGGGUAGGCGCCGUCGGCUUGCUUCUCAUCGGAGAGGACGUAGCCGUUGGGGAUGCUGCUGUCUUGACCGUUUUGGUGGGCGUACGAAGCGGCGAUCAGCUCGUCGAGGAUCUGAGAGUUGCUGCGCGGGUCAAUGUUGGACGAGAGCUGGCCUGCGCCUGCGCCUGCGGCAGUGGCUGGGGGUGGCAGGCCACCGUCACCGGGACCGGAUUUUCCGCCCGAGAGAAAAGCGCGGAUGGAAGACUCGGUAUCUGCUUCGGAUUUGCGUGAACAGAAGCAUUUGAUGAGCCAAAAGAGGACGAUUGCGAGCAUGGACACGCCGGCUGUUGACGGGGAGGGUUAGUUUUCUUAUCUUAGAUGGUGCCACCACAAAAGAAAGUCAGGAUCAGCGAGCUUACCAGCGACGCCAAUGGCGAUGCCAGCCUUUGCACCUCCAGACAUGUGCCCG